AUGAAGACGGCUGUUUUGUUUUUAACUCUUCUAAUUCUUGUUUUUUCAUGUACAUCAUUAGUUAUAAAAGAAUCUAAUUUCGAAGAGAGAGCAUAUCCUUCCCAUCUAGCAGCGACUCCUCCAAUUGAUCAAUCUGCCUCUAACAAAAAUCUUGGAUUCUCUUCUGGCUGCAACCCAAAGUGUUUUUGUUAUAAUUGCACAAAGAAAUAUGUCUCAAACAAAAAUCUUGUAUUCUCUUCUGGCUGCAACCAAAAGUGUUUUUGUUAUAAUUGCGCAAAGAGUUGUUUUAGAAGGGGAAGGACGGUACAAAGUUGUCAAGGAUUUGUUUGUCGAUGCCAUUAUGGGCAACAUCCAUAAGACAUUGUAAAUUUGUUGUAAAAUUCAUAAAAAAAAAAUUAAAAA